AGUUUCUUACAUCUCCCCCUAUUCUUGUACCUCUGAUUAAUUGAUUGUUUGAUCCUUUUCGCAUGUUUUUUUGCUUUUUCCUCUUGAUGGUAGACACAUGUUGGCAACUGCAUGCAACGUUUGCCGGAUUUUCUCCCUGGGUGUUUCGUUGUCAAGAAACUGCUAAAAGAGAAAAUUCUCAUCCCUAAAUAAAUCAGCCAACUUUGAAAUUUUGUCCGUCGAUUAAUACAUCCAACUUCCCCGGUUGAACUUGGGUUCUCAAAUCUCAUACUCUCCGCUUCAUUGCGCGUCUGAAAAUAAUAACUCACUCCAACGAGGGAAAUUAGUUGGAUUUUCGGUAAGCAUUAGAUUAUAAUCAUUCUUAUGGGAGAUUUUCAUACCCAUCUUUUCUCCGGAGUCAAAACAUCAAUUAGGUUUUCAAGUGAAAACCAUCUUGUGUACUGUUACAUGUUAAAGACUUAACGUAGUGAUCUGUAGUGAUUGUAACUGAACGAUAAAUUGAUCCCGAUAUCAGAUUUGCUUUUGACUCCCUAUUUCAGAAUCUGGACAGUUCUCUGCAGAUGUAGUUAGUCGUGACUAUUGAGGACGUGCUUUACCGGUUUAUAUCCUGGAUGGACAUCAAUAAGAGGAUGACCUGUGACAGUGUUCAUGCUGUGCUAAACUGUGAUGACAUACUGCAAGAGAUCUUGCUACGACUACCCCCUUCAUCUAUUUGCAAAUUCAUCAUCACAUCAAAGAGAUGGCUGCGUGUAAUAUGCAGUUCUUCAUUCUACCGAUGCUAUGUGAAUAUAUGGGGACAAAAGUUUAGACUUUGGGGUUUCUUUGUAUGCAACUUUUUAUAUCUAGGAAGACCCCGUGAUGGCUACCAACGGCCCUCCUGGGAACCUGCAUUGCCUUUUUUGUCCACUUGUAAAGAGGGUGAUGAUCUGAAGUCUUCUGGCGUUCUCAGAAAACUUGGCUACUUUAUUGAUUGUUUCAAUGGCAUUCUUCUUUGCGGUCGUCAUCCAAAGACUUAUUAUGUGUACAAUUUCAAGAACAAGCAACAAUACCAACUCCCAGAACCUCAGCAGUUCUACAAAAUGUUGUGCAUGGCAUUCAUUGUUGAGGAACAUCUUGAUGAUGUCAUUUGCUACAAGGUGAUUCGAGCCAAAUGUGAGUGCAAACUUAAGGUGCGCAACACAGUUUCUAUUGAGACUUUCUCCUCAAAAACUGGAACUUGGAAGCAAUCUACUCUAACAUGCUCUACAACUUUUGCACUGCGCCCAAGGACAGUAGCUAUGGUGGUCAAGGGAGUUGUCCACUGGUUUGCAAUGUGGGGAAACCUUGCUAUUUAUGAUCCACGCUUUGGAGAUAGGUGGAUAGCUCUAUUAAAACUGCCAGCAGGUGGGCUAUCACAUGAGCAUGAAGAGUCAGUUCUAGGGGAGUCAUCUGAUGGGCUUCUACAGUAUGGUCAGAGCAGUAACUUGGGUGUGGAGAUAUGGGUUCUUGAGGAUGAAGAAGGAGCUAGCUCAUCCAUUAACAGAAACUGUGCACAUGUAAGGAAGAAGUGGAUUUUAAGGUGGAGAUUAAACUUUAAAGUAAUGUGGAAGCAAAAUCCAACUCUCAGCAUGCAAUGUAAAGAAUCUCAGAUACUGUCAUUCCUUCCUCAGAAUUCUCAGUCUAUCUUCAUUAGAUCGGGGUGGAACAUUUUCCAAUGUGAUCUGGAGACCAAAAGGCUAGAAACAAUUUAUUAUCAGGGUCGUGGGGCUGCCAUUUCAUGGGAGUCAAGUAAAGUUGUUCCUUACUUUCUACCAACUUGGCCAUUGGCUUGUGUGUCAUAACAGAAAUCAUAACAUGACGCUGGAUAUGAUUUCUGUUGAAUUAAGUAAAAAAUUGACGGUCCUUGAUGUAUUUAAGUUGUACGUAGGGGUGAUGAAAUUUCAGUUCUUAACUUCCCUCCACCAUAGGACCUUCACUUUCUUGUGGUUCCAAGCCGCUUGGGUUAUCUUGCGUCAUCUGGGUUUAGUUAAAGCUAGGAAAACGUAUUUCUUUUGUGAUGGUAUGUUAGAAGGUAAGAUGAAUGUAGAAAACAACUUCUCCCCAUUUUUUUGGGGGCGCUUGAAGACUCUAGAGUCAUGUUAGGAGAUGUGAUUUGUCAUAACCGGGGUAUGGAUGACUGAUGAUGGCCUGGACUGGAUGGUUACAUUCCUUGUGUUUUAGGGUUUGUUUGGGAUCACUUUUAUAAGGUAAUUAUAAGUAUUUUGACGUAAUUCGGGACAAAA